AUGAGUAAGGAUAAAGAACUAAGUGCACUAACACCUUGGUUUAGACAUAUUCAGGAUCUUAGUAGUCGUGUGUGGGUCCUUCAGAACAAUAUCCUCACUGCAGUCCCAAGGAAAGAGCAAACAGAUCCAGUCACUGUUACCUUACUCCCAUGCCAAUAUCUGGACACUCUUGAGAAGAACAGGGGGGAUCCUAUGUACCUGGGAGUUAAAAAGCCUCAGAGCUGCCUGUUCUGCACAAAGAAUGGGGAGUGGCCUGUACUACAACUUGCGAAAGGGAACAUAAUGGAAAUGUACCACCAAAAGGAACCUGUAAAGGCCUCUCUCUUCUAUCACAAGAAGAGUGGUACAACCUCUACAUUUGAGUCUGCAGCCUUCCCUGGUUGGUUCAUCGCUGUCUGCUCCAAAGGGAGCUGCCCACUCAUUCUGACCCAAGAACUGGGGAAAACCUUCAUCACUGACUUCGAGAUGAUUGUGGUGCAUUAA